UUAAAGCUCCUCGGUGUCUCAGACCCGUUUGAACCAAACACGUGAAGAAGGAUUCUCCCUCCGCUCUGAGAACGCGCCCCCACACCUGAUUGGACAAGCUUUCUAUGGGUUCCGAGAAUCAGCCAAUCGGGCCGUGAGAGCGGCUGCCUAGGCCCCGCCCAUUACAGUGUACAGGGAAAACCACGGAGUGUAGCCACAUACAGUUUGGUUCCUCCUCACAGGCGGACGUGGCUGGAGUCAGAAAGAGAACAAGCGGGGAAAAAAAAAACUCGGAAAAGAAGCGGAGCUUUUUGUUAAACUUCGACAAAAAAAGAGAGAGAAAAAAAGCAGAAAUGGAACCGCUGGUGGGAGCCAUUGACCAGGGCACGAGCUCGACGAGGUUCCUGGUAUUCAAUGCCAAAACAGCCAAAUUGAUCUGUCAACACCAGGUGGAAAUCAAGCAGUUUUUCCCAAGGGAGGGCUGGGUGGAGGAAGACCCCGAGGAGAUCAUCCGCUCCGUGUACGAGUGCAUAGACCGGACCUGCGAAAAACUGGUCCAGCUGGACAUCGAUGUCAGCUCCAUCAAAGCCGUGGGAGUGACCAAUCAGAGAGAGACCACGCUAGUCUGGGACAAGACGACAGGACGGCCCCUCUACAAUGCUAUUGUUUGGUUGGACCUGCGCACCCAGUCCACAGUGGAGCGGCUGAUCGACAAAGCUCCAGGGGGAGACAAGAAUCACCUGAGGGACAAGACCGGUCUUCCCAUCAGCACCUACUUCAGUGCACUGAAGCUGCGUUGGAUUCUGGACCACGUGGACGAGGUGCAGCGGGCCGUAGUGAGUGGACGGGCCAUGUUUGGUACAGUGGACUCUUGGAUCAUCUGGCGUCUGACAGGGGGCAGGAGUGGAGGAGUCCACUGUACAGAUGUGUCCAACGCCAGUCGCACCAUGCUGUUCAACAUCCACACCUUGGACUGGGACCCUGACCUCUGCAGUUACUUUGACGUCCCAAUGGAAAUCCUGCCCUCAGUCAGAAGCUCCUCUGAAAUAUACGGCUGCAUGAGUUCUGGAUCUCUGGCAGGAGUUCCAAUAUCUGGGUGUCUCGGUGACCAGUCAGCAGCUCUGGUUGGUCAAAUGUGCUUCAAAGAAGGCCAGGCCAAAAACACAUAUGGAACAGGAUGCUUCCUGCUCAGAAACACAGGCACCAAGCCCGUCCUGUCAGAACAUGGGCUGCUGACCACAGUGGCCUACAAGUUGGGAAAGGACCAGCCUGCCUGCUACGCCCUGGAGGGUUCAGUGGCCAUCGCUGGUGCAGUGGUACGGUGGCUGAAAGACAACAUGGGCAUACUCCAGUCCUCCUCAGAGAUCGAGAAACUGGCAGCAGCAGUGGGAACCUCCUAUGGCUGUUACUUUGUACCUGCUUUCUCUGGACUCUACGCCCCCUACUGGGAGCCCAGUGCCAGAGGCAUCAUCUGUGGACUCACUCAGUUCACCAACAGGAACCACCUGGCCUUCGCUGCGCUGGAGGCCGUCUGUUUUCAGACCAGAGAGAUCCUGGACGCCAUGAAUCAGGACAGUGGUGUCCCACUGACGCAGCUGCGGGUGGACGGAGGCAUGACGUCCAACAGGUUACUGAUGCAGCUGCAGGCUGACAUCCUCUGCAUCCCUGUGGUGUGUCCCACCAUGUCAGAAAACACGGCCCUGGGUGUGGCCAUGGCAGCUGGGGCAGCGAAGGGCGUGGAUGUGUGGAGCCUGAGCUCGGAUCAUUUACCACACGUCGCAUCUGAGAAAUAUGAACCUCAGAUCAACUUGGACGAGAGCGAGUUAAGAUUUUCCCGAUGGAAGAAAGCCGUCCAGAGGUCCAUGAACUGGGAAACAACAGAGCCCUGCUGCGGUACUAAUGGGGAGCAGCAGCAGUGACUUGGAAGAGAGUGGUUGUCAUGACGACCCGUGACAGCUCUGACAGACUAACUCAAUCCUGUGACCAUAAUGGAAAGUGAUUUAAUUGUCAGUGUGACACAGCACACCACCAAAUGUGACCUCUGCAUUUAACCGUUUACCUUAGUCAGCAGGGGGCAGCAGUGUGCUGGGACCUCACAGCACCUCAGUGGAACCUUAGGGGCUACUAUUCAACCUGCAACCUUCCAUAGCCACCGCUGCCCCCGUACCUAGAACACCUACCUGAAGAUCUUGAAUGAAAAGUGGAACAUGUUGUUCUGGGGAACGACUCGUGGAACCUUUAAUGUAACAAAGGAAAUAUUUGGACUUCUUUUCUUGAUUUUAUUUCUGCUAAAUGUUAAUCUUUUGACCAAUUAGAGAUCAUGUAGAAACAUGAGAUUUUAAGAUGAAAUAUUUAAUCAGCCACGAUCAUGUGACUAAUAAUAAUAAAAAAAGGAAUUAAAAUGUAAGGUUUAACUUAACAAAGAUAGAUUUUUACUUAUUAUAACUGACCUUCAUCUACAGUGUGACCUCUGCAGGGUCAAGGUUUGGGGGCAGCUGUCAGUGGGUAAAGAUGGGACCAGACCAACAUCGUACCAAUGACAUUUGACCUCACAGUCCACACUGUGUUUGGAAUUUCAACAAAUAAAAAAAAAAAAAA